AUGGGGGAUUUUAACGCCAAGGUAAGAUCGAAGACUCACACCCAAGAAAAUUCCAUUGGAAGUUUUGGAAUUGGAGGACGAAAUGAAAGGGGAGACAGACUAAUAGAAUUCACAGAAAGCAGAAACCUAAAGAUAAUGAACACAUUUUUCCAAAAGAAACCAAAUCGAAAAUGGACAUGGAAAAGCCCCAACGGAGACACCAAAAAUAAAAUAGACUUUAUCCUAGCCAGCAAUCAUGAAAUUGUGAAAGACAUUUCAGUCCUUGCACAGUUUGACACCGGAAGCGACCACCGUCUUGUUAGAGCUACAAUUAAGAUCAAUAUGCGUCUGGAAAGGGCAAGAUUAGUGCGAAAAAAGACACCACAACUAAAUUUACAAAACCGGCAGAAAAAUACCAAACAGCCCUGCAAAACAAGUUUGACGCUUUGCACGAUGAGCUAG